UCCAGCAAUGCAGGGUGAUCAGCCUCAAGAGGCUGCUGUAGAACCACCAUCUUCAGCUGAUGCCCAAGGAGAUGGACCAAAAGACGCUUCAGACAUGGCACCAAAUAUUUCUGAUGCAGAUGCCUUAAAAAUACUUCUGGAGAUGAAGAUGAAGAAGAGGCAGAAAAAGCCCAGCCUUCCGAGUACUGUGACAGAACUGGCCACGGAGGAGGGUUCUAAGGUGUACGUGGUUGGCACCGCCCACUUCAGUGACAGCAGCAAAAGAGAUGUAGUGAAGACCAUACAAGAGGUCCAGCCUGAUGUGGUCGUGGUUGAGCUGUGCCAAUACAGAGUUUCUAUGUUAAAAAUGGAUGAGAGGACGUUACUAAAGGAAGCCAAAGAAAUCAAUCUGGAGAAACUUCAGCAAGCUAUAAAGCAGAAUGGCCUCAUGUCUGGAUUAAUGCAAAUGCUUCUGCUGAAGGUGUCGGCGCACAUCACAGAGCAGCUGGGAAUGGCUCCUGGAGGAGAGUUCAGGGAGGCUUUCAAAGAGGCUAGCAAAGUACCUUUCUGCAAGUUUCAUCUUGGAGACAGGCCGAUCCCAGUCACCUUCAAGAGAGCCAUUGCUGCACUUUCUUUCUGGCAAAAAGUCAAGCUUGCCUGGGGCCUGUGCUUCCUCUCAGACCCAAUCAGUAAAGAUGAUGUGGAGAAAUGUAAGCAAAAGGAUUUGCUGGAGCAAAUGAUGGCAGAAAUGAUUGGGGAGUUUCCUGAUCUUCAUCGAACGAUUGUCUCAGAAAGAGACAUUUACUUGACGUAUAUGCUGAAGCAAGCAGCCAGACGAACAGAACUACCUCGUGUUUCUGAAGCUGAACCUAGAAGAAGUGUCCCUUCAGUUGUAGUUGGAGUAGUUGGCAUGGGUCAUGUGCCUGGGAUUGAAAAGAACUGGAAUACCCACUUGAACAUCCAGGAAAUAAUGAGUGUGCCUCCUCCCUCAACUGCAAGUAAGAUCCUCAAGUUCGUCAUAAAGACCACAGUAUUUGGACUAGUGGGCUACAGCUGCUACAGGAUAGGACAAAGGACAGUGCAAUUUAUUAUCUCCAUGCCUGUUGCACAGAGCUAUCUUCAGAAACUGGCAGACAUAACUCCCCGGCAUUGAAUC